CCUCAUUCACAAACAACAGCUUAUCGCAAGAAAGCUUUCAUCCUACCCUGAUGGGUCUGAAAGAUGAUGAAGAGCUUUGUGAACGAUACAAUACGCUAGAUGCAUUGUGUAUACGAGAAGGUCAAUUCGGUCGAGGCUUGUUUGUGCGGAAUGAUGUAAUCGAAGGUGAAACUUUACUCGUUUUGCCUCCGAGCUGUCUUUUGAACUCGAGCAAUGCGGAUCGAUUCGUGCCAAAGGAGCUUAUUCCAAGUACAACAAAACCUUCACAUCCUUCUCACUGGGAGGCAGGCGAGACGAGACUGCUGGAUGGGAAGCAGUGUUCACUGCCAUUGACUUCUGUUCAAGUAUUGACGUUAAUCUUGGCGCUGUGGAAAGCAGGACAAAGAGUGGAAAAGCAAACUCCAAAGGAUAAGCGAGAAGAAGAAUCUCAUAAAUAUCUCGACUUGUUCUUAGGUACAUAUCCUACUUCAUUCUCUUCGCUUCCACUGACCUGGCAAGUUUACGUACAGCACAAUGAAAGCAAUGCAGAAUUCACACCGAAUGAGACCACGCUACUCCUUCAAACAAUGCUAGACCAUCUGCCAGCUCAUAUCAAAGCUCAAGCACAAAAAGUCCAGCUUCGGUUCGACAGAGACGUGCGAGCUAUCCAAGCAGUACAGCUGUCCAGACCUGAUCUAUUGGACCAGUGCAUGAAUGGGCACGUCUAUUCCUCCAUAACAAUGCAAGACUGGGUAUGGGCAUGGGCUUGUGUGAAUUCGAGAUGUGUGUAUUUACCUCUCGGUUUGAAGCCACACGGAGAUAAUUUCACAUUGGCACCUUUGUUGGAUAUGGCAAAUCAUACAAUGGAAACCGAAAAAGAAAGCAAAGUACGUUGGUUACCGUCAAAAGCCUUACAGAUAAAUGCACCAAAGAAUGGGAAAGGUCAAUUGCAGGGUGAAGAAAUUUUUAUUUCUUAUGGACCUCAUUCUAAUGGAUUCUUAUUGACAGAGUAUGGCUUUACUAUACCCAGCACACUAUCAAAUGAUCUUUCGGAAUGGAAGGGGAAUCGAUACUCAGAGGUUCAUGUCGAUCAUAUCAUACUCGGAAUACUGGAAAAGCAAGGCAACCAGGGAAAGGCAAAGAUUGAAAUGCUGGAGGAACAGGGCUACUGGGGCGAAUAUACCAUUCAUCCUUUUCCAAGUCCCGCUCAUCCUUCUUACAGAUUAGUGCUAGCCGCUCGUUUGAUCGCAGUGGAUUUACACGACAACGAGUUGAACUGUCUCGAGAAGAAUGGAGAGAUUAAAGCUUGGCAUCAAAAUGUACAAGGCAUAAGAGACAAUAUCAACCCUAAGAAUGAAGAAAGGAUGCAUGCUCUCCUGGCGGGUUUAUGUCACCUAGUCUGUCAAGACGCUGAUCAGCACAUUAAAGCCAUCAAAGGCUCUAUACCACAGCUCUCACCGUCCCACUCUCAAUUCCCUGAAGAAGAGGCAAUUUCCUCCGCAAACAACCUGAUUGCGUUACAUGAAGAAGAAUCGCACAUCGCACGUAUGCUCAUACAGGCCAUAGACAGUGGACAAACAGAUUGGUAAUAUAUUUGUAUUUGUAAUUUUCGUAGAAGGAGAAUGUUGAUA